AUGGAGUAUCACAUACCGCCUGAAAACACACCCUACGGGACACCAGUGUUCUGCAAGCUGUCCAGCCACAAUCGCCUUGUCUUCAUGCAUGCUGGGGGAGGGGGGGGCCGCAAUGCGGCGAUGUCGUCGAUGCCAAUGAAGACGACCAAUCGUGAUGAACCGCACGGUCGCGGAAGUCCAUUUCCACUUUUCAUAUUUGGCGACAUCAUCUGCACCACUCAGAUGAAGAUGAAUGGACUUCAAGCGCUUGCAUGUGCCAGUGGUGUGCAGAUAAUGCACGGCACAAUGCCCCAGCGGAUCUCGCACAUGUUCCACAAGGCUGGUCGAUGGUCAGGUCCAACUGCCAUUACCGCCGACUGGAACCGGUGUGCCGCUGUGCGGGGACCAUUCUCGUUGUCAAUACGAAUGGUCGUUCCGGAUCCCAUUUACGAGUUUGGCACAGCGAUCCGGCUGAGACGUGCAAAGGCCUCCGCAGCGCAGAUGCCUCGUUUCAGGGCCUCGGCAGUGCGGGAUGGACGUCACGACUUCGCGGCCGGGCAGGUGAUGGGAAAGCUUGGCGGUGCUGCGAAGCGCCGAAUGGGUUGGGAGGUCAACUUAACCAAGUACGACACGGAAGUCUUUGCCGUGGUCUGUGGAGGCAUAGCUGUGGUUGGGCUACCGCUUUUCGCCGAGUGGCGCGGAGCGGCUUGUGGGCUCAGCGAUCGGCCCGAGCGCUUUUUUGUGCUUCCGCGCGAGGUGCGGCCUUACCUGCGCCCCGACGUGCACAUGAACUUCGGCCGAAUGAGGCUGCGCCCGUCCACCUGCUUCCUGUUGCUGCAAGUGGCCGGGGUCAAGGAGGGGAGCACCCUCCUCGACCCCAUGGGCGGCGUCGGCACGAUUGCCAUAGAGGCCGCCGUACGAAUUCCACACGUGCGCGCGUUAACUUCGGACAUCAGCUGGGACGCGACUCAGGCCGCGAAGCUGAACGUCGCGGCGGCCGCCCCACACUUGGCUUCUGGAUCGACUCUGGUGGUGUCGCAGGAGGAUGCCCGGUCUCUACCGAACGAGGCCGCAUCCAUCGACUUCGUCGUCACCGAUGUGCCUUUCGGGAACCGAAACCGACUCGUGUGGGUGAAUGGUUUGCUGCCAGCCUUCCUCGCUGAGAUGUCACGCGUGCUGCGACCCGGUGGACGGGCUGCGCUGCUCAUGACGAGGGGCCACGCGAGGCAAGUGAUGCAACUCCUCGGAACAGACGAGACACUGGCCUCGUUUGAGGAGGUGGCGGAGGAGGAGGAGCCGUGUGAUGCUUCAGAGACAGAGACAACCGACUCCUUGAAGGAGGCAUUCCGCCAGCUUGCCUGCCAUAAAGUGGGAGUUGGUGGUUGGCCGGCAGCCGUGCUUGCUUUGGAGCGCCGGCAAACAGAGCCGAAGCGGAAGGUGGCCGAAGCCGAAGUUCGGCCCAGCAAAGGCCAGGCGAAAGGCUCCGGGAAGGCUGCCAAGAAGGCGGCCUUAGGUGAGCCAUGCGAGUGCCUUCUCAUCGAGAGGCCCAUUUCAUGUCCGAGUCGACGGCUGGUCGACUUGUUGAUGCAGCGCUGGCCAUCCCACUUCCCCACGGAGUCUGUUGGGCGAAGGGUGAUGGGACGUGGCCGAGUAUGGGUCGAGGAUGCGACAGAGGCUGCCGAGGCCCUACGGCAAGCCUGGUGGAGCGAACCGGUGACGAUGAAGAGCGUCGUCUUCUUUCCGGACUACCCACGGCGAUCGCCCUAUGCUGGCCAACUCACCGCGCUGUACCAAGAUAACUGUGUCGCGGUCGUCGUCAAAGAGCCCGGGCUGCGAAUCUUUGGUGGCAUCCGCACCCUCGCGAAUCUGCUAGCCGCUUGGCCUCCGCCCCUCAUCGCCUCCACGGCGAAAGAUGCGUUGCCUGCGCCGGUGCCCGUGCAUUUUCUGGAGGCGGAACUCGGCGGGUGCUUCCUCGUGGCCAAGACGGCCGAGGCAGCUUUUCGGCUGGGUCGCUCGCCGCCGAGGCGUCAGCUGCGGGCGCUGCUAUGUGGCGAGGAGCCGCUGCGCCAGCUACAAGGCCACCCCAGCUGGCGCAUCCGUCGCGUCGCUCCAAGCGUCCGCUUCACGAAGCUGACCGAGGCCAGUUGCCCACUGCAGGGCCCGGUCGCCCCGUUCCGUGAGGAGUGCGCCCGAGAGCGGUUGAUCAUCCUUGGUGACCUUCAGUACGCGGGGGAGGAGGCGCCAAAGAUCCGCCGUAGCCAGGUCUAUCUGUUUGUAGACAGCGCCUCGGCCGCACCCGUGGGCAGCAUCCACGGAGCCGUGACUGCCAUGUUGUACAUAUUAACCUGUGGCUCCUUCGGGGCACGCCUGCUUUGCUUUCUGGUGCUGGCAGCAGAUUCUGGGGCACCCACGCUGGAGUGUUACACGGACGCCAGCUUUGCACCAUACGCUGCAAGACCGUACACCGGCAUCGCCAUCAGGUACUGUGGAUGCCUUGUGUUGUGGCGAGCCGCCAAGCAGAGCUCUGUGACGCUUAGCUCUUCAGAGGCCGAGUUGGUUGCGGCCACAGAACGUGUGGUGCUCACUCUGGGUGUUGGAGAGAUCUUGCAGCAGGUGACUAGUGUGAGGUUGCCAAUCAAAUUGCUGAUGGACAACGCUGCAGCUCUGCAGCAGCUACAGGGACGCGGUGCAAACCGCACCCGACAUCUCCGGAUUCGGAGUAGUUUCUUCAAGGAGAAGGUGGAUCUCCUUGACGGUGGUGUUGCAGGUUCACCAAGGUGCUGCUAG